AUGGGUCCUCUGGUUGUCACCAUAACCCAUCACUUUGCUCCUGGACGACUGAAUGAGCGUGUUAUUAUUCAUAUCAUCCAGGGACUGGCAGUGGUUGCCUCAGUGUUUCUCGCCGUCUUCUGGUCUAAAGAAGUUACGGUAUCUGGAACACCAAGAUCUGUGCCUUUCCUGUUGCUCUCAUUUGUGCUAUCAAUUGUCUGCUGUACCUCCAUUGUGACCUUUUUGCCCUUUAUGUACCGCUACCCCUCACAGUACAUCCGGACGUUUUUUGUGGGCCAGGGGCUAAGUGCCCUUUUCCCUUGUAUUGUGGCACUAGGGCAAGGUGUGGGUAAGCUGGAGUGUAUAAAGACAGGCAAUGAAACACACCCUCAUUAUCUCAAAGAGAACUUUCCUGCACAGGACUUCUUCUGGUUCUUGUGUGUGAUGCUGGCCAUCUCGGCACUCUCUUUCCUGGCUCUGACAUUCAGAACUGCUACAUCUUCUACAUCAGAAGGGAAUCAUGAUUUGAAGCAACACUUUGAUAAAGGUCAAGAAGAGGAAGCCGAUGUGUUACAUGAUGAAGAAACCCCAGUCUCUGAAAAAAAAGUUGAAGUUGAAGAAAAAAAACCGCCUGCGGCAUCCUUUUGGAAUCUACACAAUGUCUACCUCCUCCUGCUACUUGGAAUAUCAAAUGCUUUGACCAAUGGAGUGUUACCAUCAGUGCAGAGUUUCUCCUGCUUGCCCUAUGGUACCAUGGCCUUUCACCUUUCUGUCGUCUUGGGAAACAUCGCAAACCCACUGGCGUGUUUUGUGGCCAUGGCUGUCCUGCUUAGGUCUAACUCCGGGCUUGGUGGUGUAUUCCUUGGGGGAGGAGUGUUUGCAAUUUAUCUUGUUUGUCUGGCGGCUCUCAGUCCCUGUCCACCCCUAUUAGGAAGCUAUGCAGGAAUGGCCUUGGUGGUGAUCUCCUGGAUAAUCUUCACAGGCUUGUUUUCCUACCUGAAGGUUGUGGUUAGCACUCUGCUUCAUGAAGCUGGGCAUACUGCUUUGCUCUGGUGUGGAGUCUUCAUCCAGGCUGGCUCUCUCAUUGGAGCACUUUCUAUGUUCCCUCUAGUCAGCGUCUACCAGGUCUUUAAACAGGCUCAGGACUGUGUCAACAACUGCAAUUUAUAA